AUGACAGCUUGCCGGAUCUUAAGAAAGUCUUGUGUGGGCACAUUGCUCUGCUCAAGCGGUAGAGUGCCAUCAUCAUCGUCCGGGCAGCUGAAAGGAUCCACAAGCAAGACCCAUCAUGGACAUCGACCUGCUCAAUCCCGAUGUCAAGGAGGAGAGGUCCAAGCACAAGCUGAAGCGCAUGAUCCAGUCUCCGAACAGCUUCUUCAUGGACGUGAAAUGCCCUGGGUGCUUGCAGAUUACUACUGUCUUCAGCCACGCUCAGACCGUCGUGUUGUGCGGCAAUUGCAACGUGAU